AUGUUCCCCCAACUAAAGGUUCUUUGUAUAUGGGAUUGUCCCAAUCUUCUGUCAUUUAAUUUUUCUGAGGGCUUUAGUGGUAACCUUGAGUCACUUGAGUCUUUAGAGAUUAAAGACUGUCCAAGAUUGAAGUCCUUCCCAGAUGAAGGACUUCCUACACCAAAUCUAAGCACCAUGUUGGUUUUCAAUUGCAAGGACCUUAACAAAUUGCCCACUAUGAACUCUCUCACAUCCCUUGCAACAUUUUUUUUACAUGAAUGUCCAAAGAUUGAAUGUCUACCCUAUGGGGGUAUGCCUUCAAGUUUAAUUCAACUUUCCAUCUCCGACUGUGACAAACUUACACCACAAAAGGAUUGGGGAUUGGUUCAUCUUGAGUAUCUCUCUCAUUUUCAGUUUAUAGGUGAACGCAUAGGCAUGAAGUCAUUUCCAGAGGAAAAUUUGCUUCCUAGCUGUGUCAUCUCUCUGCACAUUGGCACAAUGCAGAGUCUCAAGAAGCUAGAUGAUAAGGGUUUUCAACAUCUGAAUUCUCUUAAAACACUCGCAAUUCAUUGUUGUGACAAGCUAAAAUCUUUUCCUGAACAAGGGCUUCCUGACUCGGUAAGAUCUCUUUGUAUCCAGAAAUGCAGAAAGUUGGCUAAAAAGCUUAAAUACACGAGAGGGGUAGAGUGGCAUAAGGUGUCUCAUAUUAAACGUAUAGAAAUUGAUGAUAAAGUAAUGUAUCAAAGAUUGCCAUCACUAAAUUAG